CGCUACGACCGAGAGAAGCGACGCGACAGGGCGUUCUGCUGCUGGAUGGCUGCCCAUCGCUGCUGAAAUAUUCCUCCAAGACGUUUUCCCUUUAGAGAUUUGAUUUCAUAUUUGACCCUUCUUUUGCCUAUUUAUUUAUCGUUUGAUCUUUUUGCUCCAAAAUGGGUUGCGCUGGAUUCACCUGCUCCAAACACUCCCUGUGCGCGCUCAACAUCCUCUAUGUUAUGGUGAGCCUGCUGAUGAUCGGAAUCGCCGCUUGGGGGAAGUGGUUCGGUCUGGUCUCCAGUUUCCAGGUGGUGGGCGGAGUCAUCGGGGUGGGCGUCUUCCUCUUUUUUGUGGCUCUGGCCGGCCUCAUCGGCGCCAUGAAGCACCACCAGGUCCUCCUCUUCUUUUACAUGAUCAUCCUUUUCAUGGUGUUUAUCGUGCAGUUCUCUGUUUCCAGUGCCUGUCUGGCUAUCAACAAAGAGCAACAGGAUCAUCUGCUAGAAGUCGGCUGGAAUAACUCGCAAAGCACCCAGAAGGAUGUCGAGAAGAGCCUCAACUGCUGUGGCUUCAGACAGGUUGACCUCAACGCCACCUGUGACGCCGCCUGCUUUCCCAAUCACUCCUGUUUGCCAUGUGCCGAUAAGAUCCAGGAACACGCAGAUGAAGUACUGCGUUUCGUAGGAGGGAUCGGACUCUUUUUCAGUUUCACCGAGAUUGUGGGCGUGUGGCUCACCUAUCGCUACAGGAACCAGAAAGACCCCCGGGCCAACCCCAGCGCGUUCCUGUGAAAGUCUCCGGAACUUUCUACCUGUAAAUACCUGCCUAUUCCAAUUUAAUGUGAUUAGUUUUUUGUAGACACGAUCUUGUCACCUCCGCGACCGAAACGUCUCUUUUGGAGAAUCCGUUUGUGUCUUACACUGCUGCCGCAAACAGAGUACACAGUUAAAGAGCCAUUUUUGUUAACUGUAUGUUGUUUGUUUUUAGUAUUCACAGAGCUGCUUUAGCCGUUCUCUUGUAUUAUCUUAGUGUCACACUGAAUGCAAUAAUCCACAUUAUGAUUUAUAUUAUUUAAACCUUGUCUGACAGUGCUGUAAGGAAUGAAAGGAGUGCGAUAUUUGUGUUUGUAAGAAAAUGUAUGUGUUGAAACUAGGGCUGUCAAACGAUUAACAUUUUUAAUCGAGUUAAUUACAGCUUAAAAAUUAAAUAAUCGCAAUUCAAACCAUCUAUAAAAUAUGCCAUAUUUUUCUGUAAAUUAUUGUUGGAAUGGAAAGAUAAAACACAAGCCGGAUAUAUACAUUCAACAUACAGUACAUAAGUACUGUAUUUGUUUAUUAUAACAAUAAAUCAUUAACAUUAUUAACAUUCUGUUAAAGCGAUCCAUGGAUAGAAAGACUUGUAGUUCUGAAAAGAUAAAUGUUAGUACAAGGUAUAGAAAUUUUAUACUAAGCCCCUCUUAAUGUUAUUAAAAUUUGUAAAAUUUUCAAUCAAAAAAUAGCUCGCCAUUGUUGAUGUCAAUAAUUACACACCAUGCUCACUCAUGGUACCAACCCACAAAAUCAGUUGGACCCAAACGCCAGCAGAGGGCGCCAAACACCCAAAAAACAAGUAAGAAGCGGACAUUAUUACACUGUACUGUCAUUUUAGUCUGUUUGAGUGGGGCAUGUGUGUUAAUUGCGUCAAAUAUUUUAACGUGAUUAAUUUAAAAAAUUAAUUACCGCCCGUUAACGCGAUAAUUUUGACAGCCCUAGCUGAAACACUCUCAACUUGUCUUACUUCUGACUGCUUCCAGUCCAUUUAGCGACAUUUGCAUGACUCUUGUAAAUAUAGGCAAGUGUGUCAGAACUGCACUGGGGAUCCUGUAAAUUGACCUUCUGAGACAUUACCCUCAAUAAAACACUGAAGGAGUCAAAUAUAGUCUUGUGUCCCGUUCUUUCUAGAAACAUCUUUUUCACCGCACACCAUUUCCUAUAGUGAUGCAACCAGGUGCGCCGAGCCUUCGAAGUGUGUGUCGA